AUGUCUACUUGCCCAGUAUGUGGAAAAAAAGCUUAUCAAAUGGAGUCUAUUGUUAUUGAAGGAAUUACUAUGCACAAAAAUUGUUUUAGAUGUAGUGUUUGUAAGAAAACAUUAAACGGUUCUAACUUUGCAAAGAAUCAUGGAAUUUAUUAUUGCAAAGUCCAUUUCCAACAAAUGUUUAAAGAAAAAGGAAACUAUGAUGAAGGUUUUGGUUAUACAAAACGUAGCUCUAACUGGGAAAAGAAAGAAGAAGAACAUCACAUUGAACCUAAGAAAGAAGAAUAUCACAUUGAACCUAAGAAAGAAGAAGCCACUUUUUCUCCUGAAACAAAAACACUUAUAGAAAAUAUUUUAAAACAAUUAGAUAAAAUUGAUGGAACUUGCACUAAAUUAGAAAGUUGUGGAAUUGUUACUCCAGUAAGCUCCAAUCAAAUAGACCAAAUUUUUGAUAGACUUGAUGCUGCUCUUUGCAAAUUAGAAAAGAAAUAA